UUCUAAAAUCUCCAAAAACCCGAUUAAACCUAAUCAGCCCGACACUUUCAUUUUCCCCCAAACCCGCAGCUACACUGAAAUCCCUAAACGGCUAAACCCGCACCUCCAUCUUCAUCCUUCUCUCCACAGCUUCCCUUCACCAUCUUCAUUCGGCUCUUGUCGAAUCUUUACUACAGAAGCCUCCGCCCUCCAUCUCUGGUUCUUCACCUCAAUUUAUAAUGGCGACCAGUGAUGAAGACAAUGAAAUGAUUGAUAUAGAACCAAGUGAUGCUCAGCCAACUGCUGCCGGAAAGCUGGAGUCAGAACAUGUAAAUUGUGAGCUUGCUGAUUCCGCGCAAACUAGUUUGGAAGAUGUGCGUCCCCAAUCAGUCAACCCGGAGGAUGUCUGUAAGGAGCAAUUGGAAAAACAUAUUGUCUGCUCUGAAUCCGUAGAAAAACAGCCAGAUAGUGUUUCUACAGAGGAGGUUCAUACCCAGCUCAGCAGUGCAGAUGUUAUGUGUUCUGGGAACCUUAAUUCAACUGAAGCAAGCGAUGAAAUGUUUAAUUCCAAACCAGCUGAAGAGUUGUCAAGCGAGUCACAGUAUUCAAAUUCUCAAGCAGAGCAUAUUUUGAUGGUCAAAUCCGAACAGAUUAAACCAGAGCCCAUGGAUUUGGGGGAAGCUAGCUUUCAGAAUAUGGAUGAACAUGCUGAUCCACACACUACUCAUGAAGAACACGAGAGUACACAGCUUGCUAAUCCUGAGCCUCUUGGCGAGGAGGUUGAAUAUUCGCCGUCUGGUAGUUCCAAGCAUAUGCAUUCACAGCCAGUCGCUUCAGAACACCUGCUCUCAGAAAACCUGCACUCACAGACAGCAAGUUUGCAACUUAUGCACCCACAGACUGAGAGUGUUGUGGAGCACAUGCAAUCACUGCCCAUGAGUUCAGAGGACAUGGCCUCACAGACUUUCAAUUCCGAAUGCGUGCAUUCACAAGCAGUCAGGGCUGAGCUUGCUCAUUCUCAGCCAGGCACUUCAGAGGUGGUUGGUCCCCAGCCAGCCAGCACGGAUCAUGUAUACUCUCAGCCUCUUAUCUCAUCAGAUAUUGAUCUUUCCCAACCUGUUACAUCCGAACUUGUGCAUUUGCCUCAUGCCGUUCUAGAGCCAGCUCAUUUGCGACCAGUUGGGAUGGAACUUGUUAGCUCUCAAAGUCAUGGAGCUGAACUUGCUAAUGCUUGUGCUGUUGGCAUGGAGCUGGUUAAUGCACAACCUCUAAGCACAGAAAUUUCUAAUACACAGCUACAAACUCCUGAGACUCAGCCUAACAAGCGCCGGAAGAAGAAGUCUAUAGUCUGGGAGCACUUUACUAUUGAAUCUGUUGGUCCUGGCUGCCGAAGGGCCUAUUGUAAGGUGUGCAAGCAGUCGUUUGCAUACAGUACUGGUUCUAAGGUUGCUGGUACAAGCCACCUGAAACGCCAUAUCGCAAAGGGGACUUGCCCUGUUGUCCUUCGUCAGCAGGAGAAGAAUCAGUUGUCCCCCUAUAUGCCGAAGAGCGGUGGAACCGAUGGGGGUAAUGGACAUCAAUCAAAAAGGCGUUAUCGCAGCUCUACUUCACCAUAUUUAAUAUUUGAUCAGGAUCGUUGCCGGCAGGAGAUUGCGAGAAUGAUCAUCAUGCAUGAUUACCCACUUCAUAUGGUUGAACAUUCGGGAUUUGUUUCGUUUGUCCAGAAUCUUCAGCCUCGUUUUGAUAUGGUCAGCUUUAACAUUGUACAAGGAGAUUGUGUUGCCAUUUUCUUGAGGGAAAAGCAAAAUCUUCAAAGGUUUAUUGCAGGGAUCCCAGGGAAAAUUUGCCUGACAGUGGAUUUGUGGACUUCAAGUCAAUCAACUGCUUAUGUUUUUGUUACUGGGCAAUUCAUUGACAGUGACUGGAAGCUACACAGGAGACUACUUAAUGUUGUAAUGGAGCCAUUUCCUGAAUCAGAUAGAGCUCUCAGCCAUGCUAUUGGUACUAGUCUAUCAGAUUGGGGAUUAGAUCGCAAAUUAGCCUCAAUUACUUUCAAUCAGGCACUAAGUGAAAAUGCACUUGAUCAGCUGAGGGCUUUGCUUGCAGUAAAAAACCCAAUGCUUCUUAAUGGCCAGUUAUUAAUACGGAGUUGCAUUGCUCGUACUUUGAGCAGCAUGGCCCAGGAAGUAAUAGCUUCUAGCGAGAAAACUAUCAAGAAAGUUAGGACGAGUGUCAAGUAUGUGAAGACAUCAGAAUCACACGAGGAAAAAUUCUCUGAGCUUAAGAAACAGCUUCAAGUACCAACUGAAAAGAGUCUUUCUCUUGACAACAUCACAAAAUGGAACACAACUUAUGAAAUGCUCCUUGCUGCUUCUGAGUUAAAGCAAGUCUUUUCUUGUUUAGAUACAUGUGACCUUGAUUACAAAGAUGCCCCUUCCAUGGAAGAUUGGAGGGAAGUUGAAAACAUUCUUAUGUAUCUUAAACUUCUGUUCGACACUGCAAAUUUGCUCAUGUCGGAACCCACUCCAUCAUCAAAUGUGUUCUUCCACGAGGUGUGGAAGAUCCAACUGGAGCUGGCACGUGCUGCUGCAAGUGACGAUCUAUUUGUGGCUGGCCUUGCUAAGUCUCUGCAAGACAAGUUUCACAAGUACUGGAAGAAUUCUUGCCUGGUUUUAGCGGUUGCUGUGGCUAUGGAUCCCAGGUUUAAGAUGAAACUCGUGGAGUUCAGCUUUACCAAAAUCUUUAUGGACGAGGCUCCGGUUUACAUCCGGGUCGUCGAUGAAGGGCUCCACGAACUUUUUCAAGAGUAUCUAACUGUUCCUCUUCCAUUGACCCCUCUGGAGAACAAUAAUGUCGGUGAUGUUGGGGGAGAAGACCGCCACCUUAACAACAACGGACUUUCUGACUUUGAUAUGUAUAUCAUGGAAACAAGCAGCCAGCAGAUGAAGUCAGAGUUAGACCAGUAUCUGGAGGAGUCUCUCUUACCUAGGGUGCAGGAUUUCGAUGUGCUAGGUUGGUGGAAGCUUAAUAAACUCAAAUAUCCGACCCUUUCAAAGAUGGCUCGAGAUAUAUUGUCUGUGCCCCUGUCAACAGUUUCUCCUGAUGCAGUGUUCGCUAUUCCAAUGAACGAGAUGGAUUCAUAUCGCUGCUCCUUAAGGCCUGAAACUCUCGAGGCCCUCAUAUGUGCGAAAGACUGGUUGAAGACAGAUUCUAACAUAGUCUCAAAAGAGCUAGUGAAGAUGGGGCUCUGACUUUUAAAAUCUUGUAUUAUCCCUUGGUGUUGCUUUUAAUUGCGCAUUUAUUUCCAAUUUGUAGUUCAGAUUGUGGAUUCCUGUCACUUAGGUAGAGUCUCAUUUGUAAUUUUCUUUAAAUUAAGCGAGAAUUGUUUGUAUUUAUUACAAUUAAGUUGGGAUUAUGCGAGGCGAGCUUCUGCUCUUUUUAGGUUCUUAGUUA